UAUUCUGCCGCAGGUGGCAGCCAUGCGUUAGUUUUGUAGCAGUAGGCCCCAUCACUAAACCCUCGGAGCGCGCGCAAUCUGUACGAACAUUUACGGAUCCGCGUCGCAGUGAAGGUGGGCACAGCACAUCAUUAAAGUGCAGAAAAUGGCGAGCGCAUCGAGGCAGGUGCCACGUGGCAACAACGUUCUCACUCCCGAAUACAUGGCCUUGCUGAAGAGCCUGUGCAAGCUGCACAAGCCGGCUGACAACGAAAUUCCCCGGCUUUUCAAUGGCGUGUUCCGCCGUGCUCUGGGAAGCGGUAGAGCAAGGCCUUCUGCCAGGGCUGAAGCAGCAGCCGCGGCGGAGGCCGCCACGGCCGAAUCUCCGCCGACACCCCGUAGAACUGGGUCAACAUCCCGUGAUUCUCAGAAACGACGCGGCAAGUUCGGUCUAUUCUGUAAGGAUGGCGGAGGCGAAGACCCCGAUGAAGGUGACGAUGUCGGCUACCAACGUUCGUGCACGUGGCAACCCAAUAACCCCUGCUGGCUUUAUAACGAGCUCCAGCCGUGGAAUCUCCUGCUCGCCAAGGGCUGCUUCGAGCUGCGGGAGCACAAGUGUUACGAGUUGGCGCUCGUGGGUUUCGCCUGGUCCAUGUUCUACACGCCAGACAACGCCGAGAUCUUCCGGACUGCGCUGCUGACGCACUUGCUGCUGCGGCAGCACAGGUGCGUGACACACGUGAGUGUGGACUUGACGACCGCAGGAAAGCUUGAAUACAGAAUGUUCUGGCACGCCAUAGAGAAUAGCGCCGGUGGCGUCACCUUCAUCGACUUCAAGGACGUCAAGUAUCACCUGGACGACACGGAGGUACCAGUUCCGUGGGUUUUCGCAGUCUCUGCCGUCAGGACCCUUGCCUCUUUAAACCUCACUCGUGUAUUUUUCGACGAGGAUGCCGCCCUGACGCUUGCCCACUACUUGCAGGAUGCUACUGCACUGGUCAGUCUGUCGUUGACUGAUCUAAUGGUUGAUGAACGCGACGCCAGCAGCUUUCUGGAGUUCCUGGUUAGCAACAAGUCGAUCAAGAAAAUGUGCCUGCGUGAUGCCUUCCUCAAGGCUCGACGCGGUGAAGCCCUCGCGAACGUCGUCCGCAACCACACUGCCCUCGAAGAACUUGAGGUGCACGGGACGGGACUGACUUCACCGUCAGCCCUGCUGAAAGCGGCAGUGCAGAGUUCAAGCCUGAGGUGCCUGAACGUCUACUCCUGCCAGGCCAGCCUCAAAGAGAUCAACGAGAUGGUCAACGCCCUAACUCGACGCCCGCUUUCUCCGUCAAGUUCCGAGGAUUCGACGUCGGCACCACUUACGCCGACUAGCCGCCUGGAGAAACUGGGAUUCUUCUACUUCGCCGAGGGCGACGCUCUCUUGGAACGAGCUUACGCAUCCCUCAUCGGAGGUGUGCUGCUCAGUCUCACGUUGUCCUUCUGCCACCUGAAAGAGACGUUCGUCGCAGCUGCGGCACUGAAACUGCGCACUGAUAGCCGCCUUCAGAAGCUCGACGUGAGAAACAACGAAAUCGACAUAAAUGGGAUGUACACAUUGGUCAAGGCCAUGGAGGUGAACAACUGUCUGGAAACACUCGCCAUUACCUUUAUAAAGAGACCACCCACGCCUGACGUCCGCCGCCUCUUCGACCUUAUCAGGGACCGCCAACUCUCUGCUCGCCUCAAUAUCCAUUGGGAGAAACCCCGCGGGUGCGACUUUGCAGAGGGUGUCCUCUUGUGCCACGCCUCCUCCUCCAACAUGAACCUCGACUUCCGGAGCAAAGAGGACGCCGCUGCUCUCUUGGAUGCUCUGGCAUCCAGUCCCAGCACCCACGAUGCCACAAUAGAGUGCAAUUUUAUCGCAUCCGAACCUGUGAUUGAGAAGCUCACCGAAACCGUCGGCUCGACCAUGUACCUGAGGAAGUUGACGAUGACCAUCUAUGUACAAGAAUACCAUGCAGUCAACGUGAUUGAGAAACUCGAAGGCAACCGCACCAUCGAAGUUUUUGAACUCUCAAGGUUCCUCUACAAGAAAAAGCUCGUCAGAGCACUAGGCCAACUGGUCGAGCGCAACCGGGUGAUCAACCUGCUCACCGUUGUCGUCGAAGACAGCCGGGACAAGUACAACGAAGCGAUCACUAUCUGCAAUGCAAUAAAGGACGCCGUUCCUCGCAACCGCGUCCUCAUUGCCAUCGAUGUGCGGUGCUGUCACAUCAACCAUGCUACAAGCUUCGAAAUCAAGGAGGCUCUCCGGCGUAACAUUAUGUACGUCCACGAUGCCAUCCGCUUCGUUAACGGCUCCAGUCAAAGGAGCCACGCCCAGGCCUUCGAAGAACUGCAACACGCGUACUCCCUAAAGUAUGUGCUGUCCGAUAACUACGGCCUCAGCGAGGCAGCGGCGGUCGAGAAGAUUGCCGAAGCCCGCAAUCGGCUUGCGGCCGACUACCUCGUACUGACAGGCGUCGUCAGCGGUAGAGCAACCAGCGCAAGGGCCCGAGGGAGGUUGGCCAACCUGGGCCAUCUUGCCGGGGACGUUCUCGCACGCGUUUGCGGCUUUCUCAACCUCAAUGACGUGAGAAACAACUAAAGCGCGGUACUGGGACACUCUCGUCUGGCACUUGACUGCAUUAGCCCAUUAAUGUUAACGCAUUAGGAGCAUUCUCGCAUUGCAGCCCAUCACGGUGAAACAUGGGAUGAACUAAAUCUUCAGGUUGCGUUUUCAGUCUUCACUGGCCCUUCAGUGCGUCCGCUACAAUACGACGGGUGUUCUCCCUUAACGAGAAGCACCCUAGUCACCAACCUCCCUUCAUUGGGAACUUCAGUUUUUCGCUUGUUAUUUCUCUCCUUGUCAAGCAUUUACCGCCUGCGUUUUUGCACACGUGUGUAUUUUAAGUCUUCCACACGUGCUCUCGAAGCGCGCACUUCCUUAUUGUUGAUAUACAAGAGCGAGUUAGCACCUCUCCGCCGUCAUAGCUCGCAUAUGAAUCGUUUUACCUUCCAAAUACUCGCCUCACUGUUAUACCAAAAAUCUAAUCUUAUGCGUCCAUUUGUCGCUUUUUCUUCGAGGUGGUGCUUUUUUGCAUUUUUGUGAAGUAAUCGGACAUGUGAUGGGCCAUGUGCCUAACUGAUGGAGUAUGUUACGUUAACCUCUAUAGUGCGGUUGUUCUUAUUGGUCCAAAUCUGAUAGCGCUAAAGCACUUUUUUUUCAUACACUUGUUUUACAUUCUCUGUACUCAAACGUGAGAAUGCUUGUAAUUUGGACGCAACCUGUACUUGCGGCUCUAAUAAAAUUGAACUACAAGUAAAUUUUGUGGUUUAAG